CGGGAGCGGGAGGAAGGCGGCGCCGGUGGCCUGGCUCCGCGUUUGGUGUGAGUGUGAGGAGCGGGUUCGGGGCGCCCGGAUAACGCGGACAUGAUCCGGGGGAGAGGAGCCGAGGUCCGGAGCCGAAACCGAGCGUGCGGCGUGGAGGAGAUUAAAGCCAGGAGACGGCAGCAGGAGAGGGCUCUGCGGAAAGCACGCAAGGAAAAGCAGCUGGUUAGCAAAAGAUUGCCAAGGGGUCUGCAGGGCGAUGGAGAGGAAAUGGAGAUCAGAGAGACGUCGGUGACAAAGGAGGAGGUUUUGCAGCUUUUCCAGAGGAUUCAGCGUGGAUCGGAUGAUCGUCUCGCUGCUUUACGCUCUCUACGUCAAAUGCUCCAACUGAAGGAGACACAGCAGAUGUUUGUCAGGUUUGAAAACAGUAUCCAUGUCCUCAUCAGCCUCUUCACCAGCAACCUGGCAUCAGUUCAGCUUGAGGCCACACGGUGUUUGCUUGAACUUUCCCAUUCCGAUGACCAAAGCAUCUCACUUGUCUGUUUGCCAGCAACACCCUACCUCCUGACGUACCUCUCGGGCCAGAGUGCAAAGUUCACGGAGCUGUGUCUGUACAUUCUUGGGAACCUGGCAGCGGAGAAUGAAGCUGUUCGGAAUCAACUUCUGGUACAAGGUGUGAUCCAAGCUCUGGCGAUCUGUUUACAGUCACCUCAUGGAGCUGUGGUGGAGGCCGCAGCCUAUUCACUGUCCCAAAUGCUGCAGGCCAAGGAAGCAGGAGAGAAGAUCAUCCCUUCUGUUCUGGAAGCAAACCUGACUCCACACUUGAUCCGUUUGUUGGACCUGGAUUGUGAAUUUGGGAUGCAGACAGCUGUGGAAUGUGCCUGGUGCCUGCAUUACAUCGUGAGUAGUGGUGUAAACAGUGAGUGCAUGAUCUCCCAGGGCCUCAUACGCCAAGCUGUAAUACUGCUGAUUGCACUGGGCAGAGCCGUUGGUUCAGGCACAACAACAGAUGGCAUGGAAUUGCUGAUAUACCCAGUGGCCCGUUGCUUGGCAAACCUAAUCGUGAGCGAUGGAACAGCCAGGUGCAAAGUCCAAUUCCAUGAUAGAGACGUACUGCAGGCACUGAGUGCGUUCAUCAGCAGGUUUCUGCAAUCGCGUCCGUUUGUGACGCGGGAAUGCCUCUGGCUUCUCAACAACCUCACUGCUGGUGAUGAACGACUCUGUUCGGCCAUCUUCUGCCUUAAUCUGGUGCCAGUGUUCCUCCAGCUAAUUCCUUUCUCUGGUGGGAUAAAUACUCUGGUUCUGAUGCUUUUGGGUAACAUUGCAGAGAUGGGGCUUGAGUACUGUGAGAAGCUGCAACACCAAACAGGCAUAUUUCCUGCCCUUUGUAUCACCCUCAGAACGGCAGACCCUGAAGCGGUACGCCUGACACUCGAAGUACUGAACCUGAUCCUUUCACGAUGUGAGCAGGCCUGUGUAUCGUUUGCAAAUCAAAAUGGGAUCUUGGCUCUUGAGGCGAUUCAGUACAACAGCAAUGAGGACAUCCGAGUCCGAGCCAACUUUUUAAUGGACAAAUACUUCGCAAACAAGGCUAUUUGAUAUCGUCCCAAGCAUUGGGAUUGGCCAGGAUAGUAAUGAAGCUCGUUUGCUGGCAAUAUAUGGAAAGUGAGAGCUCUUUACCUGUCGCAUUCUCUGAGGUCAAUCUCCUUUACCUCCUCUCGACCAACAUCCCCAUCCCAUGAAGGCAUUGAAUACAUGCCAGGGUCUAGUUAGAUGGGCAGCCUUCACCACCCCUUCAAGUGCCUGUUACUCCCCAGGACUUUGGCAGAUGUUUGUCGUGGGAGUGUGCACCAGGCCCGCCGCUGGAUCGGCCUUUACCAAAUAUCUGUACGUGGCACACCAGCUGAUUCUCCCCUCCCCUUCUCGGGCACCAAUUGUAGUCGAAUUUUCCGUCACUUCAACUGGAGAUUGACUGAUUGAGCUUCAGGCAGGAGUCAAACCCAGGACCUUCCUGUUUUGUACAGCUCAGCUCAACUGACCAGGGCUUCAAUUAAAUCUUUGCCUACUAGAAAGCUGAGUUUUCCAACAGAUCCUGAAACAUUUGUUUUGACUGUUCAUUAGUCAGUAUUCCACAUAUUACUAAGACAGAACAGAUUGCACGAAUACUGCAUAUCAGCCUAGUCCCAGUGCUGGUAAAAUCCCAGGGGUUUUGAUGUCCCAUUAUACAUUGCAGAAAUUAUUUGAGUCCUCUGGAUGAAUUAGCUCGUUCCAAACUCUGUUCUCUAGCUACUGACUCUCCCUCUCCUUGGCAACAGUCUGAGUCUAAACCAGAUUGUUCACGAUCCUGAUGUCAUAUUAACCCCGAGAUGAGCUUCCAACUAAAUAUUUGCACCAUCACUAAGAACAUCUAUUCCCACCUCCAUAACAUUGCCCCACAUUGUCCCUACCUCAUCUUUAUUUGCUGCUGAAACCUCUCGGCUUGACUAUUCUAACAAACUGUCGGUUGUCUCCUACAUUAUACCUUCUGAUUUGGAUAACUUCACACCUAUCCACGUUAUACUGCAUCUGCCAUGUAUUUGCCCACUCACUCAACCUGUUUAAAUCACCUUGAAGCCUCUUAACACCCUCUUUUUCACUCUCAUUCCCACCAAGUUUCAUGUCAUCAGCAA